AUGCCGGUCCUCCUCUUCACUCUCAGCGAGGAAGGCGUCAGCGCGCUUCGGGACGUGCUUACCUGCUUGAGCAAAUUCAACGAGGAAGUUUGCCUCGAAGCCCGCAAGGACCAAGUACUAAGCUCCAUCUUUCGGAGUCGUGGCGGGAGCGGCGGGAGCGGCGGUGAUAUCCCCGGGGCCGAACGCGCCACUGCUAUUGACAGGUGUGAUGUCGCCAUCGACGACGGGGUCAAUAUCGAGAGUCGGUUUAUCGUAAAGAUCACAUUCCGUAACGGGUGCACGUCGACACACAGGCUCCCCUUUGCGAGCAACCCACCGGUGCACGCCAAGUUCAAUGCUGAGCAGGCGGUCCAUCACUGGACGAUUCCGUCGCGGACGUUGCGGGGUGUAAUGGAUCACUUUGGGCCUGGCGCCGAGCUGCUAGACAUAAACUCGGAGGGCGAGUUUAUCAACUUUCUAGGGUAUACGGAAAAGGCCGUUGACCUCAACACGGCAUCUCUGAGAGGCAAGCCCCUUCGGACCUCGAUCGCAGUAGAGCUCGACGAGUUCGAAGACGUCGAGGUCGAGGACGAGCUGCACAUCAUUGUCCCGGUCCGCGACUUUCGCGCCAUUAUCCAACACGCCGGCACCGUUGGGACCGAGCUCUCCACCCGCUAUUCCACUCCAGGCCAGCCCAUCAAGAUUUGGUACCUAGGCGACGGCAUGUACUGCGAUUUCCUGCUCAUGACCGAGCCUGUGACGAAGCAGCUCGACGCCGGCUCUAGGAGGGCCAGCGCUGCUCCUUCAGAGCCGCCUCCGGACCGAGUCCCGGUUCCGAACCCGACACCGCAGCCGUCCGUGGCUAGGGCUAAUGUGCAGCGGCGGUCUUACUUUGAGAUGAGGCCUUCACAGAUGCCUCCACCCAGCAGGAUAAUGUCGGAUAGCCUGUUUGUAGGGAAUCAGGAUGAGGAUGAAGAGUGGGCGCCUGUCCGAGAUGAAGAUGACGAGGAGGAUGCGCGGCUGGAGUGGGACGGCACAGAUAGGCAGUGCGAGUGCAGAUCCGGGAUCAAGUCUGGAGCCAACGCAGAGGCUGUCGGAUCAAGCUUAGAGAUCUUGGCCGAGGAUGGCGAUCUCCCCAGUUCCGGGCUCGCCGACAAGACAAGUAAACUCCCGCCCGCAGACAGCUUUCACGACCGGGAACCCUGCGCCCUCAACCUUUCGGGGUGCUUUAACGAACCCGGCCGGCUCGCCGAGCUGGCCUUUGCGGCCGUUUCCCCAGCCAUAUACAUCGCCGUUAUCCAAAACGGCCACGACAUGGCCCAUGCCCGCAGCCAGGUCCUUGACUUGCUAAAGCUCGCCCGAUUCGAAAAGGACGAGGGUGUGGUUCCCUCCUGCCGCGAUCCUGGACACGGCCAAGCUUUGGGGCUCGGGUCUUUGCUAUUGCUCGAGACGAUGGCACGCGAGCAACCUCGCCCCUCGGGGAUGGAGACGUUCACCGUUGGCCUUAUUGGCAUGGGCGACAUGGGAAAGAUGUACGCCCGGAGGUUGUCUGCUGCUGGCUGGAGAUAUAAUAACAACGUAGAGAUCUGCCGUAAUGGCCACCUAGUGUCCCGAAAGAGCGAUUAUAUUCUGUAUAAUGUCGAAGCCGCGGCGAUAAAUGCCGUGGUUGAGAUGUACGGCCGCUCGCUGGCUCCCUCGGACGUUGACAUCAUCUCAUGCCACUCUCUGCAUGGACCCCAGGUCGAGCCCCGGGGCCAGCCCCUCGUCAUCAUCAAGCACCGCGCCUCAGACGAGUCCCUCCGCAAGGUCGAGGAUGUGCUCUCUUGCCUGGGAUCCAAGCACGUCUACCUUUCCGCCCACGACCACGAUGUCAUCACGGCCAACACCCAGGCCGCCACGCACGCCGCCUUCCUCUCCAUGGGGAAAGCAUGGCACGCCAACCGCCAGUUCCCCUGGGCGCUCUCCCGAUACGUCGGCGGCAUAGAAAACGUCAAGAUCAACAUCAUGCUGCGAAUCUACAGCCAAAAGUGGCACGUCUACGCCGGCCUCGCCAUCCUCAACCCCCAGGCCAAGAAGCAGAUUAGCCAGUACGCAGACUCCGUCACGGCCCUGUACAAGCUCAUGCUCGAGGGCGACUACGACAAGCUCCGCGAGCGCGUCUACACCGCCAAGCAAAAGUGUUUGGGGCCGAAGCAAGCCCCAAGUGGGCCAAGAAGCAGCUCCUGCGCCCCGAGCUCCUCGCCCGCUUCUCCUCCGCGCCGCGUCCGACGACGAGGCCGAAGCCGACGACGACGACGCCCCCGCCCCAACAACCACCUCUCCCUCCUCGCCAUGGUCGACUGCUGGGCCAACCUCGGUAUCGUCCCUUACGACCACAUGCUCUGCUCUACCCCGCUCUUCCGCCUCUGGCUCGGCGUCACCGAACACCUCUUCCGCAACCCGGCCAUGCUCGACGACGCCAUCCGCACCGCCGUCGAGGACCGCACCUUUCGCUCCGACGACCUCGAGUUUACCUUUGCCGCCCGCGGUUGGGCCGAGUGUGUAUCCCUGGGCCACUUUGAGACCUGGAAGGACAGGUUCAUGUCCACCCACCUGUUUUUCGAGCCCAGGUUCAAGGAUGCGAGUGUCGUCGGAAAUAAGAUGAUGAAGGCCGUCCUAGAAGAUGUUAUUGAUUAG